AUGGGGGAGGACUCAGACUGCGAUGCUGAGGACCACAACGGUACGUGCGUGGAGGAAGACACUUACCAUUUUUCCUCCAAGUGUGUGGAAGACCCCUUCGCGUACGCGGCCGAGGUCUAUGGCUCGACACAGUUCGUAGUGCAGGAGAAAUACAAGACGACUGGCUGCCAAGAUCUUCUGGAGACCGAUGCGUUCCCAGCCUCCGGGUCCUGCGUAACGAGUGGAAUUACGGGUAGCUUCAUGUUCACGGUAAGCCUUAACGAAACCACCGGGGCAGUCAAUAUCACGGACUACAAAGGAGAUACCUGCUCCGAGAAGAGCUUCAGCAGCACCGUUGCAGCAAGCGGCAAGAACGUCUCCACUCGGGAUGGAACAGUCUGCGUCAACUCAAUCUACAAGCUCUACUCCAGCUACAGUCUUGAUGAGGAUGGAUCUUCAAGUACCAGCGAAUCGGAAGGCAGCUCAAGUACCUCAGGCGGCGUCAGUGCGAACGUCUCGGACGCCAGCUACAGUACCCUCCGGAUCACGAGCAGCAGCAGCAGCAGCAGUGGUAGCACCUCCACCGCCGCCUCAGGAAGCCCAGGUAUCAGUACUGGGGCCAUCGCUGGCAUCGUCAUUGCUGUUAUUGCUCUAGCGCUUUUCGCUCUCGGGUUUCUAUGGUAUCGACGGAGAUCCAAGCCCAAUCAUAACCCAGAGAGUGACAAGCAUCAAGACGGCUAUGCCAGCGUGACCUCGCCGAAGAAGAGCACUGCCACCACCGUCACCGACUUUGCUGCUUCGCAACUGAUCAACCGCGGAGCUUACGGUGAAAUCUACUACGGACUCUACAACGGACAGCAAGUCGCCCUCAAGAUGCUGCUCCCGGACUUUCGUAAGAGCAUCAAGCACGUCAACGACUUUCUGGACGAAGUGAGACUGCUGGCUCUGCUCGACCACCCGCGCAUCGUCCACUUCGUCGGCAUCGCGUGGGACUCGCUCUCGGACCUGUGCGCUGUCUUGGAGUACAUGGAGGGCGGUGACCUGUGCGCGCUGCUGGCGUCGUACGAAGCGCAAGGCCGCGAGCUCGGCUUCGACCGAACCAAAGUCACCAUCGCGCUGCAUGUGGCCCACGCGCUCAUGUACCUGCACUCGCUGGACCCGCCCCUCACGGACUUCGGCAUCUCUCGCGAACACGCCGACAAGACCAUGACGGCGGGGGUGGGCACGUCGCUGUGGAUGGCGCCGGAGGUUAUGAUGGGCGAGAGGUACGACGACAAGGCCGACGUCUUCUCGUUCGGCAUCGUGCUGUCCGAGCUGGACCUGCACGCGCUGCCGUACGCGCACCCGAAGGAGAACAGCGACUCGGGGCGCAAGAUGCCGGACACGGCCAUCCUGCAGAUGGUGGCGCUGGGCAAGAUCCGCGUCGAGUUUUCGCCUCGGGCGCUGGAUUCGAUGGUGGUGCUGGCGAACUCUUGCGUGGCGUUGAAUCCGGAGCACCGUCGACGGCGGCGGAGGUGCUGUACCAGUUGCAGACCAUUUUAA